AUGUUCGUGGCGGCGGCGGAGAGCGCGGCGCUGUGGCGCUGCAAGUCUUGCGGCAAGGAAGUGUCCAACCGCUGGCACCACUUCCAUUCUCACACCGCUCAGCGGUCGCUGUGCCCCUACUGCCCGGCCACCUAUAGCCGCAUCGACACGCUGCGCUCACACCUACGCCUCAAACACGCCGCCCUUCUGCUCAAACACUAA